GUCUCAGCCCCGAUCCCUUGGUCGAUAAGGAAAAAAAAGGAACAAAUCGAGGAAAGACGCGCAGAGAAUUGCACGGAAAAACCAAAUCAAAUCAAGGUCGAUUUGAACGAUCCGAACGAAAGGAUCAUUCGCCAUGGCCGCAUUCCCUUCGUCCUCAUCAGUGGCGACUAAUCUGAUGCUUGCCAUUCACGAGAAGAAGACCACCGCAAUCGACCUCCACCGCCCUCUCCGGAACUACGUCGCUUUCACCUACUCCGAGCGCGAGGCUCAGCUUCUAGAGGAUGAUCUCGAGACUCUGAAUCAGCUCCGCUCCGAAGUCGAUCGCGCGCAGGAUCUGUCGCCGGCGGCUCGUCGUGAUCUUCUCAUCUCUUAUUACAAAGCUUUAUGUCUGGUGGAGACACGAUUUCCCAUCUCCCCCGAGAAGCAUCACGUCAACACCGUCUCCUUUCUGUGGUACGAUGCCUUUAGACCGAAGCAGAAGGCCACACAGCAGAACAUUCAUCUCGAGAAGGCCGCCGUUCUGUUCAAUCUCGGAGCUACAUACAGUAAGAUCGGACUAAGCUACGACCGCACCACCGUCGAUGGACGCCGGCAGGCUUCCCACGCGUUCAUCGCAGCCGCUGGGGCCUUUGCGUAUUUGAGGGACAACGAGUCUAUUAAAGCGUCGAUCGGUCAGAGCAUCACUGUCGACGUGUCGGUGGAGUGCGUGGGUAUGUUGGAACGGCUGAUGCUGGCGCAGGCCCAGGAAUCUGUCUUUGAGAAUACCAUCGCCAAGGGGAGCACCCCUGGUGUUUGUGCUAAAAUUUCUAGGCAGGUUGGGUUAUACUACGAGGAAGCUUUGGCUGCACUAAAUGCUUCCCCGCUGAAGGAUCAUUUCGAGAAGGGUUGGAUAUCUCAUGUGCUUCUCAAAGCAGCUCUCUUUUACGGGGAAGCUUGUUUUAGGUACGGAAUAGAGAUGCACGAGAAAGAAGAAAUUUCGGAAGAAAUUGCACGGCUGAGGAGCGGUAUCAGUCAUUUGACAGAAGCGAAGAAAUCUUCAAAAGGGGCUCCUGCUCAGCUACUAGAAGCCAUCAACAAGCUAGAGGCAAGCAUUAAUUGUAAUUUGGAUAGGGCCGUCAAAGAAAAUGACCGAGUUUACCUGAUGAGAGUUCCUUCUCCAAGUUCUUUGUCUCCACUUCCCUCUUUUUCCAUGGUUAAGCCGAUGAACAUGAACGGCAUAUUGGAUGCCAGCAAGGAGAAGUUGUUCACGAGUCUUGUUCCAGACAACAGUGCGAAAGCUCUCUCUAGAUACACUGAGAUGGUUGAUGAUGUAAUUAGGACACAAGCCGAGAGAUUGCAGCAAGCAAGUGAGCUGACUCGAGUUAGGCUCAAGGAGAUGGAUCUUCCAGAUUCUAUUCUUGCACUGGAUGGACAUUUAUCUCUCCCUGAUGAUCUGAAAGACGACGUGGAAGCUGUUCAGAUUAGUGGAGGUCCUGCUGGCUUGGAAACCGACCUGCAGCAGCUUAGAGAUUUGAGGAGGAUUAACCAUGAAAUGUUGAUCCAGACCGAAGAGCUUUUGCAGAAAGAAGCUGCAGAAGACGCUCACUUCAGAGGCCAAUUUGGGACUCGGUGGACUAGGCCUCAAUCUAGCACGUUGACAAAGAACUUGCAGGAUAGGUUAAAUCGGUUUGCAUCCAAUAUAAAGGAAGCUGCAGAAAGUGACGCGAAGAUUGAGCGGUCCGUGAGAGAUAACUCUGCCUUCAUGUCAAUUCUUGAUCAUCGGCCGAUAGAGUCAGCCCUUCCAACGCUAGCCAGGCCAAUCAUGUCUCUCGAUGUAUCAGAAGAUGCUAUUCUGGGAGCUCUGAAGCAGAGUCUGAGGCAGCUGGAAAGUCUUGGUGCUCAACGGGCAGGUCUGGAAGACAUGCUCAAAGAGAUGAAAAGAAAGGAUGACAUACUACCGAAGCUGAUGACAUCCAGCGGGUCCUAUGACGAUCUGUUCCGGAAGGAGAUAUCAAAGUAUGAUCACAUCUGCGAAGAAAUUUCCCAAAACAUUGAAACACAAGAACAACUGUUGAUGCAAAUCCAGACCCAAAAUGAGGAUUUCUCUGCUAUUUUCAAUCUGGAAGACUAUAAAGCAUCCAGAGAGAAGUGCUACAAGCAGAUUCAAGCUGCUAUAGCCAAGUAUCGCGAGAUCAAGGAGAACAUCAAUGAGGGCUUGAAAUUCUAUGCGACUCUACAGGACGCAAUCGCGAACAUGAAGCAACAAUGCAGCGAUUUCUUGAUGACAAGGAGCAUCCAAUGCCGGGAAAUGAUGGAAGAUGUGCAGAGACAGAUGACUGGUCUGAGUUUUCAGGAUCACAAGAGCAGUGGCCCAUACCAACCACUGCAUCAGCCUCCGGCUUCGGGUUCACGACCUCAACCAGAAAAUCAGAACCCUUCUCAUAUCCACCCUCAACCACCAUACUAUAUGUCUCCAGGGCAGCCAAUGUAUAGGCCACCGGAGCAAUCUUCAAGGCCAUAUGGCAACCCCCCAUACGGUGGCCCUCAGCCACCGCCUCCUAACCACAACACAUCACAUGGGCAAGGGCCUCAUCCUCAUGGCCAUGCCCAUGGGUGGCAAGGCUCAUACUACAAUCCCCAACCACAGCAGCCAGGUCCAUUGCCUCAACCUCCUUAUACCGUCCAGAGUCCGUACCCGCCGCCUUACCAAGGCGGUUACUACAGGCAAUGAGUCGUCUCACAAGUAAUAAACCUUGGGCUAUCAACUUGUUGGUGUUGAUAGAUUGUCUGAUCAUCUUUCCGUGAGUAUCAAAUCGUAUAUAACUAAUACCCCGUCAUUUGUUGAAGUUUGGGAGAAUUUACAGAUGGUGUCUUUUUUUUUUAUGGUAAUAGACACCUGGAAGUCUUGUGUGGUAAAAAGUUUAAAACAUACGAUGGUGAUCUUUUUUUUUACUCCCCUGGUGAAUGUCAAAACAAAAUGUAACAUUUUAAAUC